CGCGUAGCAGUGGAGGUUUAAAUCUGCACUCUUCAGGACUUCUAUGUGUUUUCAAUCUACCAGUGAAAGAGUGUUGAAACAUUUUCUUGAUGGAACUCUCUAUUUCUGAAGGAAAGAAAAACAGAACUAGACAGAAUUCUAUCCCGUGUAGUGUAAUGACUCUGUCUCUGUCUCUGCAGAUCUACAUAGUGUGUUUAUGUACAAUAGUUUACGGCUAAUAACACAGAAAAUUACACUUACAUAUUAGGGACUAUUUUGUUUGUUUUUGACAGCCUGAAAGACCUAAUUAUUGAGUCGUGCAAUCAUUGACAUUUCGAUGACCUAACCCUAUGGAGCUGCCUGUUACAAAGUUCAACUUCAGUUAUAAUCAGACUGGCGUCUAUACUGGAGUCCAUUUUGAUGGGAACAAAAGCAGCCGGCAAGAAGUGAAUGGAAACGUUUCACUAGACUUUGACCCUCUGGGACCACCAGACUAUAUGUACGCUUACGUCACGCUGCUUACUUCCAUUGUAUUUCUUGUAGGCGUCAUUGGGAACACGUUAGUCAUACAGGUCGUGAUACGGAUUCGAUCAAUGAGAAGACGUAUGAAUUAUUUCCUGGUGUGUCUGAGCGUGGCUGACCUUCUCGUUCUAUUGGUGGCCUUACCAUCUGGACUGCAGGAAUUUUAUGGCAAAGAGAAAUGGUUUAUCGGAGGCACAUUGUGUAAACUUGUGGUGUUUUCUGAGAACGUGGCUCACCAUUCUUCAGUACUGACUCUGUUGGCUAUAGGCUUUGAGCGAUACUUUGCUAUAUGUCACCCAUUGAAAGAAACAAUUGGCGCCAAACUCAGUUCUGAGAAAAUUCUCAUUCCAGUCGUCUGGACUCUUUCUUGUAUCGCAACAUUACCCUUUGCUAUCUUCUACGAUACGGUGGUAUCAGAGUAUGUCGAUGGAACGCUGGCAGAAAGAUGCACAUUUAAUGCUUUAGGUCAACACUUCGGAAACGCCUACAUCCUUUUUAUUUUCACCGUUUUUUUCGCCAUCCCCAUCGUCCUGUUGACGAUCCUGUACUCGGCCAUCUCUGUCACCAUAGCAACCAGCACAAUCCCAACCUCCGACGCAAAAGUCUGUAGCCGUGGCCUCAUACUCAGCUGCCGGCAGCCUCGGCUCCAUGGCAACGCUAGCACAAACAAAGCCAUGUCAAGCAGACGUCAGGUGGUCCGCGUGAUGAUCGCCAUCAUGUGCAUGUACUUCAUCUGUCUCCUGCCUCUUCGCUGCUUUCAAAUCUGGACGCUCUUCGCUAAAAAUGAUGAUUGGGUGAGCCUGGGCCAUGAGGGCUACCUGAACCUGAUCAACACCAGCCGAAUCCUGGUCUACGUCAACAGCGCCGGGGAUCCGAUCAUUUACGGUAUGUUGUGCUCCAACUUCAGGGCUGCUUUUAAAAAGUCAUUUAACAACUGCAGAAGCAAGAGCAGCCACGACGGACUCAGAUCAAACACACAGUGCAACUACAAUAGCCAACCGUCGCUUGGCAACCACAUUCAAACAAGAGUUACAUUAAAAAGGAAAGGAAACGGGGAGCUUAGCAAGUGUAAGGGAGGCAAUCAAACUCUCAGUGAAAAGAAACCCAACGAAACUCACAAUGGGAACGCUCGAAAACGGAGCAGCUCCCCUGAAGAGGAAAUUAAUACAGAGUUAGUUACCUUUGAUUGCGCAAAGAAUGGCAUUAGACUUUCCUAUGUUUAGUUAUGCCUAUAUUUUGUGUGUGCCUUAUUUGUUGAGUUCUAGAAUUAGUAUUUAAUUAGGCCUUUUAAUGAAGCUUUAAAAAGCUUAAUACUGACAGUGACAGUGAUAUCAACAUGAUAUAUCGCAAUAAGAUAUAUAUGUAGUUUGUUUCAUUCAUGUAGUUAUUAAUCGGAAGGCUCAAUGGAACGUUACUAUUGGUACUGAAAUAAAUCUAGAAGGAUUUACUUCUUUAAAUGUUCAACAGCUGAUCCGGAAUUAUUGACAGAUAAUAUUAAUUAAAGAAAGAAUGUUCGGGCCACAUUGCCUUCUUUUGAUAGAAGCAGACAAAAAUGUUUACAGACUAGUAAAGUUCCUUUUUCAGACCUUGCGGUCUCCAGGGCAGAUGAUACAAAGGCUAUCUGUCUCAGCGGCCAAGAAUUAAAUUAGGGUGUCAAUCAACCGCCUUGACUGUUCUCCUACUAAUGUCUGGUACUACCUAUUAGAGCUGGGUGGACUCAGAGGCGCCCUAAAGAUCCCGAAAUUGAAAAUUCCAGUCGUUACCACUCAGCCACUGCGCCUCUUUUAGAUAAAUCGCUCAAUUAUCUUAUUUCAUGUUUUCAUUUUAUUUUUUUUGUUAUCAAGGGAGGUGAGCGCAGAAAGAAAGAAACUGAGAGUUGUCUUGUACUAUACAUAAGUAAAGGAUAAUUUUACAGUGCUAACAAAUGUUUGUUGACUGUCUUCAGACGGGUGCCUCAGAACACAUUGUUACACUAUGAGCAAGACUCCUCAAUGUACGCCUUAAGUACUAUACUUCUUUGUUUUAUGUGUUGUACUCAUAGAUAUUGACUGCUAUGUGUUCAUUGGCUGCUGUUAGCCCGAUACGUGUAAUCAUUGUUUUGUAUAGUGAUGUUAUUUAUUAUCUGACAUACUCUAAACCGGUUUUGUUAUUUGG